CUUGUUUUUCUUCCUAGGUUUUGGCACUGAUUGCAUUCAUCUGCAUAGAGACCAUCAUGGAAUGCUCCCCUUGCGAAGGCCUUUAUUUCUUCGAGUUUGUGAGCUGUAGUGCAUUGGUGGUUACUGGAGUUCUGUUGCUUAUGUUCAGUCUAAAUCUUCACACAAGAAUACCACAGAUCAACUGGAAUCUCACUGAUCUGGUCAACACUGGACUCAGCACUUUCUUCUUCUUCAUUGCCUCUGUAGUGCUUGCUGCUUUAAACCAUAAAACUGGAGCAGAAAUUGCUGCUGUGAUAUUUGGUUUCUUGGCAAUGGCAGUGUACGCUGUGAACACAUAUUUAGCUAUUAAGAAGUGGCGAAUGAACAGCAGACAACAAAGCAGUCGGCAGACCAGUGAUUACAUACGUGCUCGGACAGAAUCCAGAGAAGUAGAUCAUCGCCCGGAGAUUCAGCGUCUGGAUGCAUGAGAGCAACAUAUAGAUGGGACUGCAAAGGGAAGAGAGAAGUGCUGAACUUGCUCAUGGAAUAAAGUGUUUUUUCUUAUUUAAGAAAGAAAAGGAAAAUCAGAUAGUGGCAAAGAAUGCCCGGCCCAGAUAUGUGCAGAGAAGCAUCGAGUCAGAAGCUGUUUUCAUGAAAGCAGUAGAUGCUGACCAUUCAAAAGCAAAAUCUUUUCAAGACAUCCACAUAUAUAUACAUAUAUUGUAUAUUUAUGUAUAAUAUAUUAUAUAUAUGUUCUGAAGUAUGUUAAUGUUUUGGAUUAACUACACAGAACUUCUCUUCCCUUUUCUAAGAGCAAGCUCUGAAUAUACAUGUUCUGCCACUGUUUCUUCAUCUGUCAUAAAAACUAAGACCAGAGCUAUCUUUUUUGUUUAAUAUAAGAAAGAAAUCCACCAGGAGCAAAUUUAAUCCACAUGAAAAGGAAGUGAGGGGCAAGUAGCAAUAACUUUAGCUAUGUAUCGUGUCCAGCAACGGUCUGUAUCCUUUCUUCUGUAGCCUUGGCAGUGCAGUUCAGUUCUCACCUGCAAGAUUGCACGCCGUUUCAUUGUUGUUUCAUUCACCUAGCUGCCACAUGAAAGUCUUUUCUGUCUUCUGGUUGUUGAUUUAAUGCUGAGGCAGUUUUCCUUUGGAUUAUUCGCAAAUCGUCACGUGCAGUUGGUGCCUGACUUUGCUUGUAUCAGAACUUGUGCAAGAUUAGUAUAUUUUAUUGAAUGGUCACCACAAUGCAUCCAGUGCAAGUAUGUGAACUUUCUGCUGAUGUUGGAUACGUGCUGUUUUUCAUUUCAAAAUGGUGGAGGGUGGAGGAAACUUGGAAGCCAGGGUGGAGAAAGAGAAUGCUGAGGGGCACAGUGCUAAAGGAGAGAGGAUGAAUUGUCAUCUGGUAAACCUGCGUUCCAGUCAUGCCUUUUUUUUUUUUCUUUUAAGGUUCAACCUUUCUGAGAAGCCUAGGGUAAGCAGAAACUAGCAAAAAUUUAUGAUAUAAAGUGUUUCUAAGAUUGCAAUACUGUGAUUCAUCUGAGAUGCUUCUUGUUUAGAGGAUUACUUGUUUUUUCUAAAGUUAAACUGUUGGUAGUAGGUAAAAUUUGUUUUUUGAAUUGGAUAUAUCUGCAAACAUUUUUUCUAAUAUUUCUUUGUUGAGGAAUGGUUUCACCUAAUCGAAGUUUUCUUGUUUUAAUUUUACUUGCAAUUAAGUUAAGGGUAUUUUUUCUAAUCAAAACUUGAAUUCUGCAGUAAUCAGUUAAAUAUUUCAAUACCUUUUUAGUGAUUGGUGUUUUUUAAUCUGCGUAAUCCAUUAUUUGACACCGGAGUUGAACACUUUGUAUUAAUCUUGUUUAGCUGUAUUCUUAAGUGAUUUAGCACAGUUAACUUCUGAACAAAAGGCAAUACGUUGCAGACAGGUGAUUUUUAAAUACAUAAAACUAUGUUAUACCAAACAGAAAGUCAGUACAAGUGCCUGGGCUUCUUUAAUACUAGAAGCAACAGAGGGUGUUCCAGAUUUGAACCUUACAUUGCAAUUCUUGGAUCAAGUGAUGCAAUUACACUGACAUGUGGAAAACUGGUAACAAAACCAAUGUCUUUUCAUUUUUCAUGGUUUUUUUUUUGUCUAUGGUGCAUUUUCACUUAAGAGUUAUUAAUGAGGUUAUAGAGAACUUGCCUUUCUAGACCAAUAAUGGUUUUCCAGUUACUUUGCUAACGUUUUAUUGUAGUUUGUUGAAAGUUAGCACCAAAGGUAAUGUUAGUUUAAAAAAAAGAUUAGAACAUAGAAGCUUACCUCUGUUAUUGAGCUGAGAGCAUCAACUCCAUGGUGGAGUCUCACCAGGAUUAUUGAGUGUUUUAUGAAAUGUAAAUGACAGUUCCACGUUCAAUGUGGCAUGAAAUCAGUAUCUUGAAGGUCAGUAUAGUUGCUUUAGCCCUUCUGUUUUUCAGCACUCCACUUUGAAAGUAGCACAGACAUAUGUAGACUGGAGUUGUAAACAGACAUUAAGUCAGUUUGCAUAAACAUUAAUUAAAAAAAAAAAAAAAAUGAAAAAGCCUUAUUAAAAUACAGAAUCUUAUUCUGCAGAAGAUGGAUACUUCUGGAAUGGUACCUGCAUCUGAAGUCAAGAAACAGAAAUUAGGUGUCAGGAAAGAGGUUAGGGUAAGCAUAGGCUUUUCAUUAUGAGUAUGUCCUGAUGCUGGUUAAUGAGAGGACUGCAAUAGCACGUAUGAAGGAGAAUGUCCUGUUCCUCUUCUGUAGUCCCUGUGAUGAUUCUGGUUCUCUGAUUUCUCAGAAGUAUGUAUGGGAGAUUUCGUGCAUCUGCAAGUUUGUGAAUUUGGUAUCUUUCAAAUCCAUACACCUUUCCUUACCUGGACAAAAGAUAACUUUGCAGGGCCUGUUCUGGAGUGAGAUCGCAGAAAGCUUAUUAUCUUUAGCUGGAAUGACAAAUGCUUACUUAGUAUGAACGAUAGUUAUAUUUCUAAUAUUGCAUAAUACUUCAUCUUAUAGUGUAGUAUACCUAUAUGACUUUGAGUGCUAUUACAUAGUAAAUAAGUUUUCCUGAGUUGAGAACAGUAUUUAUUACUUACAGCACUCAUGACUUGAGCUUCGCACAGCUUUCAGGGUAGAAUUCAAAGAGAAUAUGAUUUUUAAAAAAUUUUUUAAAAGAACUACUAUCUGAUACACUUUGUAAACAGGAAGACAAAUGUAAAUUUGUAAUUUCCUGAUUUUGGGGACCAAAGAUGAUUUUAGUAUUGUACAGUAUAUACUUUCUUAAAAUCUAAGUUAAGCAUUUAUUACUCUACAGAGACAUUAUUUGCUAUCUGGAUUAUAGAAAAGGGAAAUAAAGUAGCUAUGAGGCAACUAAAAUUGAAACACUGAGUUCAUUUAACAUAAGCAUUCUUAAUUCCACCCCCUCUACAAUUACAGUUUCAUGUGGUGUAUUGAAGAAGCGGUAAUCUUUUGUUAAGAUUGUUAUCAAACCUGCAGCCAUUAAAGGAGUAGAAUUAAAAGAAAAAAAAAACCUUUACGGAAGAAAAUGAGUCAGAAAGGUUUUUUGAUUUGCUUUUUUGAAAUUUGCUUAGAAAAGUGGCACUAAGUUAUUUCUUCCAGCCAACUAGUCUUGCUGGCUUUCCUUAGUUUCAAGUGUGCUGUUUAGCUCUACAAAGGGAUCCAAAAACCACUGUAAAACAAAAAAAAAAAGAAAA